UCAGGGUGGUGGGCGGGCCUCCGGGGAUGCUCUGCUUCCUGCCCCCAGCCCAGAGUGCCACCGUGGCGUUGGUAGCGGUCUCCAGACUGAACACUUUUGGCCCCGAGAUCCUCAAAUUUGCAACCUGUAAUCCGGACCCCGAGAGACGCCCUACGGGGAGUUGCCCGCCGGCCUCUCUGCGGCCGCUAACCAGUUCCGACCUCUAAUCACCAGGCUCCUCGCUGGUUCAAGCACCUGCCCUGUAGUGGGAGGGAGGUGGCCAGAUGUGGGAUGGCAGAUGGGAACGCUUAUAGACUAGUCUGCGCCCCGGUGGACAAACUGGGUGGGCACAGCUGCACACUGUCCCCGGAGGAAGCCGGCGCUGGGCCUGCCCUCCAGAAGUGCCCUUACACCAACGUAAAAUUUUUUAGCAACAGAACCCCUUCCUUCUUCCAUUAUGCAUGCAGCUGUUUGCCGCUCUCAGGAACUAAAUCAGAUGAGACAGGACCCAGGGGUCCAGCCAACAGUUUGAGCUCCUCGGCUACUCCCACCCCUACUCUUCAUCCCUAGUUCUCACACCCUUGCUUUGCCAGCUUUGGUGUCUGGUUGCGGCUGCUCUGUGCACUCACUGUGACUUUGGGCUAGGGUGGAAGUAGAAGGCCCAGGGGAGGGUCUCUUUGCGACUGGAUGAAAUUAUCGGCCUCAGAACCUGGGAAGAAGGCGGGUAUUCGACGUCUAGGGGCGGAGAGAGGGGGCGGAGGAGAUCCCCUUUGAAUCUUAGUUGGUGGGCUGCCGGAGAUUCUCAAUCCUCGACAAAAGCAGAGGUGGCUAGCGGGUCUGGCUGGCGGUGCAUGCAACUCUUUUCGUUCCUCUACCGGUUCUUUAGGAUUGGAAAUCACAGCUGUUACGAAGGGCCUAAUCCAAGGCACUAGGGUGCCACCUACGCGCUGAUGCCCCGAGUGCUCAAAGGGCUCCCAGCUAACCAUGCUGCACCUACCUUGGCGCUGCCCCUGCUACUACUAUUACUGCUGGUGGUGUGGACCCCGCUCCCCAUUAGCGCGAGGCGGUCCACGGGGACUGAUUACCUGCGGCGAGGCUGGCUGCGGCUACUAGCCGAGGGCGAGGGCUGCGCUCCCUGCCGGCCAGAAGAGUGCGCUGCGCCGCGGGGCUGCCUAGCAGGCCGGGUGCGGGAUGCGUGCGGCUGCUGCUGGGAAUGCGCCAACCUGGAGGGCCAGCUCUGCGAUCUGGACCCCAGCGCCAACUUCUACGGGCGCUGCGGCGAGCAGCUCGAGUGCCGUCUGGACGCGGGCGGUGACCUGAGCCGAGGAGAGGUGCCGGAGCCGCUGUGUGCCUGUCGCUCGCAGCGCCCACUGUGUGGUUCCGACGGCCGUACCUACGCGCAGAUCUGCCGCCUGCAAGAGGCCGCCCGCGCUCGGCCCGACGCUAACCUCACUGUGGUGCAUCCCGGGCCCUGUGAAUCGGAGCCCCAGAUCCUAUCACAGCCUCACAAUAUUUGGAAUGUGACGGGACAGGAUGUGAUCUUCGGUUGUGAGGUGUUUGCCUAUCCCAUGGCCUCCAUUGAGUGGAGAAAAGAUGGCUUGGACAUCCAGCUGCCAGGGGAUGACCCCCAUAUCUCUGUACAGUUUAGGGGUGGACCUCAGAAGUUUGAGGUGACUGGCUGGCUACAGAUUCAGGCUUUGCGUUCUAGUGAUGAAGGCACCUACCGCUGCCUUGCCCGGAAUGCCCUGGGCCAAGUGGAAGCCUCUGCUACCCUGACAGUGCUCACACCAGACCAGCUGAACGCCACAGGAUUCUCCCAGCUGCAAUCACUUAAUUUGGUUCCUGAAGAGGAGGCAGAGAGUGAAGAGGAUUACUACUAGGUCCAGAUCUCUGAUUUGUGGGUGUGGGUGUGGAUAUAGUACCCACCCCCGUUGUUGAGAAGACUGGAAAGGGCGAGCAGGGUCCUUUCAUGGAUUGUUUAAUGCUCAUUGUAGCCUCAGUAUACCUUUCCUCAAAGCUCAUCUUCUAGAAGCUUUUCAGCUCACUGAGUUCCCAGGGACACUUACCAACCUAGUCACUUCUGCGGUGUGAGCACAGUGGGACUGAUUUAGUUCAGUGUGUCGGGAGGGCGGGUCAGUCCAUGUCUCAUACCUCUCUAGUGGAUAAAGCCCACCCAACACAUGACUAGACACAGUGGGCACCAAUAAA